CAGCAGGGGGCUGGCAUUCGCUGUCUAUACGUGGUCCUGGCUCCUCUUCAGAGCUUCAGCUCAGGAGAGCUGCCGUUUGCUGUGGAAGCCAGUGACGUGCAAAGCAUCCUGCCUAUAGGAUUGGAGGCUUUCUUGGUGCAGUUUUUUCUACCCACUUUAAACCUUCAGGUUCUACAUAUCAGGGAAGACGGGAAAUGCUGUGUGAAAAUAGCAAUCCAAAAGUUCUUAGUAAACUGCAGCCAGAGGGACUCAGAGUAGAAUGGAGGUAGGAAGAGCUGGGACAGCUUGGGCUUAAUCCUAAGCUUUUCUUCGGGCUGAGUUUCUGUUGCUUGUUAACUCAGGGCAUUUGCAGAUAGAUAUAUUGCUCACUGGUGGUGUGGAGGCUUGGGCAGAACCAACAUCAACAUUCUGAGCUAGAGUUUGAAAUACCAGUGUGUGUGCAUUCAGUGCUUGUAUUAAAGGAGAUCAAGAGCCCAGCACAGAGCUUGUCGUCUUUACCUAACUGCAAAACCAGAAGUUAAGAAGCAGCAUCUUGAAGGCACUUUUCUAGAGAGAAGUCUUGAGAUGGCUCCGAAUAAUUGUUCCCACCUGGACCUGGAAGUGGACCCUUUCCUGCACUGCAACAACACCUUCAAUCAAAGUCUGAACCCCCCCAAGAUGGACAACUGGUUCCACCCGGGAAUCAUUUAUGUCAUUCCUGCAGUUUAUGGGGUUAUCAUCGUGAUAGGCCUCAUUGGCAACAUCACCCUGAUCAAGAUCUUCUGUACAGUCAAGUCAAUGCGAAACGUGCCAAACCUGUUCAUCUCUAGCCUGGCUUUGGGAGACCUGCUGCUGCUGGUAACAUGCGCCCCUGUGGAUGCCAGCAAGUACCUGGCUGACAGAUGGUUAUUUGGCAGGAUUGGCUGCAAACUGAUCCCCUUUAUACAGCUUACCUCAGUGGGGGUGUCUGUCUUCACACUUACAGCACUGUCUGCAGACAGGUACAAAGCCAUUGUCCGGCCAAUGGAUAUCCAGGCAUCGCAUGCCCUGAUGAAGAUCUGUCUCAAAGCUGCCUUGAUUUGGAUCGUCUCUAUGCUGUUGGCCAUCCCAGAAGCUGUGUUUUCUGACCUCCAUCCUUUCCAUGUGAAAGAUACCAACCAAACCUUCAUUAGUUGUGCCCCCUAUCCACACUCUAAUGAUUUGCACCCUAAAAUCCACUCUAUGGCUUCCUUUCUUGUUUUCUACAUUAUCCCACUGUCAAUCAUCUCUGUCUACUACUACUUCAUUGCCCGAAAUCUGAUUCAGAGUGCCUACAAUCUUCCUGUGGAAGGCAAUAUACAUGUCAAGAAGCAGAUCGAAUCCCGGAAGCGGCUUGCCAAGACAGUACUGGUGUUUGUGGGACUUUUUGCCUUCUGUUGGCUUCCCAAUCAUGUCAUCUACCUGUACCGUUCCUACCACUACUCUGAGGUGGACACCUCCAUGCUCCACUUUGUCACCAGCAUCUGUGCCCGCCUCCUGGCCUUCACCAACUCCUGUGUGAACCCCUUUGCCCUCUAUCUGCUAAGCAAGAGCUUCAGGAAGCAGUUCAACACUCAGCUCCUCUGCUGCCAGCCUGGCCUACUGAACCGCUCCCACAGCACUGGGAGAAGUACCACCUGCAUGACCUCCUUCAAAAGCACCAACCCCUCAGCCACCUUCAGUCUCAUCAAUGGAAACAUCUGUCAUGAGGGGUAUGUCUAGACUAACCUCUCAACCUUGCCUCCUAAGGGACUCCAGGUUUUGUUUUAUGGAUGGCCAGGAGCCCUGUAAUUGGUUGUUAUCUCUGUACUUUCCAAAGACCCUUCAGGAGGCUGAGAGAUACAGAUGGGUAGGAGAGAUGUGCAAAUGCAUC